AUGCAGUUCUCCAAGGUUCUCUACGUCCUCUUCCCCGUGGCCGUCCUUGCGGCGCCGCUGCAGACUUUCAACAUCCCGACCAUGGACCCGAACACCGUCGCCCCCGAGGUCCCGGCCAUCGGAAAACGCGUCCCUCAGGCGGAGGACACUUGCACCGAUGAAUAUCUGGUUGACAUGACGACAUGCCUCGGCCUAUGA